GCCGCUUCCCAAGACCAUGAAACCUUAAAGUAUACAUAGAACUAGUUGUAGACAUUUUUUACCAUAAAAGGAUUUUCUUUACACCAAUGAUAUUUUCUAACUUUCCACUUCAUCGAUCCGAUCAAAGCACAGUGCAUAUAUGGGCGUGGUCUAUAAUUAUGUCUCAUUCCACAUGUUUUGCCCACAAUAAUCGCGACUGGUGCCGUUCUCACUCAAAGCGGUGCACGCUCGCUACUCAUUUCACCCUAAUUUUUCUCCAUUUUAAUUCAACACACGGCUAUAGCACUAAUCCGACACAUUGAGCCUGCGGACAAUAAUUAGAAGCAAGAUGUAUACCACACUUUUACUAAUAGUUUGCGUUAUCAUUUUGUAUUUCACGUAUGACAAAUGGUGCAGGACAUACUUUAAGAGGCAGGGCAUCCCCAGCCCACCUUCCAUACCUGUAUUUGGAAACUUUAUAGAGUGGUUUGUUGUAUUUCAUGAUAGAUUUGCUGAAUAUUUCCAGAAAUAUGGAAAGAUUGUUGGUGUCUACAAUUUCCGGAAACCCACGCUCUUAGUCUCUGAUCCAGAUGUAGUGAGGAAAAUAUUGGUGAAAGACUUUGAUCAUUUCGUGAAUCGAGAUAGAGCUGUAUUGAAGAAUGAUCUUCUCGAUGGUGGUAUGUUGAGUGCUAAGGAUGAGAGAUGGAGACAAAUUCGUAAUUUACUCUCUCCAUCAUUUACAAGUGUCAAGCUUAAGAGAAUGUUUCCGUUGAUGAAAGAAUGUGCUGAAGUUCUUGUUGAUGUUUCCACCAAAUGUGAUGAAGAGGGAAAGAAUAUUGAAUGCAAGGAAUUGUAUGGUCCAUAUGCCAUGGAUGUGAUUGGAUCAUGUGCCUUUGGUCUUCGUGUUAACUCUCAAACAAACCAAGAUGAGCCUUUCAUUCAAUAUGCAAAGCGAGUUUUCAACUUCAGUGCUACAAACCCAGUCUUUCUGAUUGUCAUGUUGUUUCCAUGGACUGCACCCAUUCUGAAUUUCUUCAAGUUGGGUACAAUGCCCAAGGAUAUUGAGAAGUUUUUCUUAGAGGUGUUUGAGAAGGCUAUAGCAGAUAGACAAGCAAGUGGGGAUACAGGGCAAUUAGAUUUCCUUCAGUUGAUGUUGUCUGCUCACAAGGAAGAUGGUGAUGUGAAAAGGAUGAACGACGACGAUGAUGAUGUGGCAGACUUAGCUCAGGAAACAAGCUGGAAACCAAAACAGAAGACUGCUCUCAAUAGAAGUGAAAUUAUAGGAAAUGCAAUAACCUUCCUCUUGGCUGGUUAUGAGACUUCUAGCACAGGUUUAGGCUUUGUUUCCUAUCUCCUAGCAACCAACCAGCAUGUUCAGGAUCACCUUAUAGAGGAGGUCAAGGAAAAGGCGCCCUCACUGAAUGAUAUCACUUUUGAGACGGUAACGAAGAUGGAAUAUCUGAAUAUGGUUAUCAUGGAAUCAAUGAGAAUAUAUCCCCCUGGAGAACUCCUAGACCGCGUUUGUAACAAAGAAAUCACCUACAAUAAUAUCACCAUCAAGAAAGGACAACAUAUUCUUAUACCAAUAUGGAACCUUCAACAUGAUCCUGACCUUUGGCCUGACCCAGAGACCUUUGACCCUGAAAGGUUCAGCAAGGAUCGUCGAGGAAACAACCACCCAUGUGGCUGGCUACCCUUUGGUAUGGGCCCACAUAGUUGUAUCGGUGUCAGGUUUGCAUUGUUAGAGAUCAAAGUAGCUAUGGUCUGCAUCCUACAGAAGUUUUAUUUUGAAAUUUGCCCUGAGACAGAGAUUCCACCAAAGCUUGGCAACCUGAGUUUCCUUACCCCUCCCAAUGGAAUCAACCUACGCAUCCUUCCUCAAUUUCGUUACAACCUACGAAGUCGAUGAGCAUAAUUAUGUACCAGCUUUGUAUUAGACUGAAAUAUGAAUGUUGAACCUACAUUCCUAAAGAAUAUAGAAAGGUCCUAGUGACAUGUACAUUAUUCCAUAGUUGUCCUAGCUUUAGCAAUUCAACAUUAAACCAUUUUUAAUCUAAUGUUGUUGCCUAAUGUAUGUUCCAGUCUUAAGAUGAGUUUAAAAGUGACACUGUAAUGUUCAAUACACAUCCCAGGUGUAGAUAUUUUCAUUGGGUAAGCAUAUUAGUCUAAUGUAUUAGGGUAACUCGUGGUCAUCAUGAAAUUUCAUUUGCUUAUGUACUUAUGCAUGCUAUCUUUAUUAUUAUUUGAUUUAUAUCAAAUUCCAUUGGGCCAAUAUCAGAUUCUUACGCUAAAAUGACAAGUGAAUAAAUGCACUAGUUUCAGAAAAACUUCUAUACAUUGUUGUAUAAAAUGAUACAUCAAAUAAACAGAACAAGUUAAAUAUUUCCCAUGUGGAACAAAUUAUGCAAUUCAGUGCUAAUAUGGUUGGAAAAUAUCACAAAAUCUGAUGUCAGAAAAUUUUGAUGGGCCAACAUUAGAUUUUGACACCACUAAACUGAUGUUUGUCCUGCAUUCAGAUUCUUUGUAGGACCAACUUUAUUCUGAAUGCUGUUACUAUUGCUACUACUUCUUCCUAUGCUUAUCAAAAGCUGUUCAUAGUCUCAAACUGUAAUCAUUAGUUGUCAAUUUCUAUAACUUAUUUUAGGUAAUCACAAUAAAUUAAAUAACAUAUAACUUUUCACAGUUUUUCAUACUUUUUCAAAACAGUAAUGAGUUACAAUAAUGAGGAAUAAUUUGCCAUCAAAAUCUGAGUGUAUUUUCUAAAUUCUUUGAAAGAAAUGUUAACCUUUUCUUUUCAAUUCAUACUUCUCACUGAAUUAACUUUGUGGCAUUUUAGAUUUUCCUAUUAAUAUUGGAUUUUUUAUAAUGUUUUUUUUUAUAGUCCUGUAUAUUGCAUCUCUUGAUUUAUUAGAGUGAUGAAUGUCAACUGGUAUUCGCUUUUCCAUCGUAUUCUCCUGUAACCUUAUUGAUGUUCUAUUAGCAAUAAUGUUAAUAUUUACAGUAGAUGACAGAUCAAGAAAAAUAAGAGGGGAGAUUAUACGUGUAUAUUUUCAUGUGUAUAUAACAAGCUCUGCUGUAAAACGAGGUUAAUCUAAUAUUGAUUUCAAUUAUUGAAUUUAAUUAUGAAUAAAGAAUUACAAAUUCA